GCUUCUAUGCGCUGUGUUCAUGAACAAAGACGGCCGCAACGUUGACCCGAGAAGAAACGUAUUCGUUCUCCAUGACAGAUAUCCCGCAAGAUGCUCCGUGGUACACAUCCGACAUCGAUAGUAUAAUCCAGCCUCAGAGUCGACGAAUGUUGCAAGAGUAUGCAGGUAUUGCAUCGGACCGGAUAGUGGAACACAUUAAAGUCCACCGAGAGAUAGCAUGGUCCAUAAGCCCAUACCCAUCGGUUGGAGCUCUCACGUGGGUGAACCCUUACAUGCUGCUACAUGAGGCACACAAGACGAUAUUGCGGAGAGUUAAGGCAGGAGGAACAAUCGUUGAUUGCGGAUGUAUGAUAUCGCCUGACCUUCGCCUUCUAGCCUGGGAAGGCGCGCCAACCAACAGAAUGUUCGCAUUCGACAUCGAGCCAACGUUCUUCGACCUCGGCUUCGACUUCUACAACGAUAGAGAUAAAUGGCAAGGUCAUUUCAUCGACGCAGACGGCACCAAACCGAUCGACGAAACUCCACUCAAGGAUUUGAAGCACGCAGUCGACAUUGUCUGGUGCCCCAAGUUCUUACAUCUCUUUGAUCGUCAAGGGCAGAUCGACAAUGCAACACGGCUGAUCGAAAUGUUGAAGCCGCAGCCGGGUAGCAUCUUUGCGGGCUCACAGAAUGGGCUGCCAGAGACCCAGGAUGUCACGUAUGCUAACAGCAGGAUGGGGACUGGGUAUCGGACAAUCUGGAUGGCAAACGCAAAGGCGGUGGAGGAGAUGUGGAAUGAGGUGGCGCGAAAGACGAACACGACCUGGGAUGUGCAAGCGCGGCUGCUUGAUCUAAGAACAAUAGGUAUGCACGAGGAUGAUGGUAGCGAGUACAAACGCAAGACUGGGUACAAUCUCCAGUGGACGGCAGUGUGGCAAUAGAACCAGCUCCAGUCCCAGUCACUCUGGGUUGCGGCAACACAGAAACAGGUGCGUCUCUUCGUGCACAUCGCUCUCCUGAGACAACCCUGCA